UCUAUCAAACAGACGGCUGAUUCGGCCAAUGGGAUUGGAAGGGUGGGCAUGUGUGUGAUUGGCAACUUCACAUAUCCAAUGAAAACUGGGGGCGUGGGUGGGCGGAGCCGGAAGUAGAGCCAGCCGAGAGGCCCCUGUCCGGCUCGGGCGGAGGGAAGGGGGAGGGAACUAGAGGAGGAGGAGGUUAGCCGAGGCAGCUACAGCGGCGGCGGCGUAGGGGCUGGUACGCGCUGGGCGGCGAGAGCCUCAUGGCGGAGGAAGAGAGCGAUCAAGAGGCCGAACGCCUCGGAGAAGAGCUCGUGGCCAUUGUGGAGUCCCCGCCAGGCCCUGUUGGGCUCAGAGCUGCGGGUGACGGCAGAGGUGGCGCUGGCAGCGGCAGCUGCGGUGUCGGCGGCUUUGGGAUCAGCAGUCGGGAUUACUGCCGACGCUUCUGUCAGGUGGUUGAAGAUUAUGCUGGAAGAUGGCAGGUCCCUUUGCCACAGCUUCAGGUUCUUCAGACUGCACUUUGCUGUUUCACAUCAGCCAGUGCAUCAUUCCCAGAUGAAUGUGAGCACGUACAGUAUGUUUUGAGUAGCCUUGCUUUGAGCUUCUUUGAGUUGCUGCUGUUCUUUGGAAGAGAUGAGUUUUAUGAAGAGCCACUAAAGGAUAUUCUUGGAUCAUUCCAGGAAUGCCAGAAUCACCUCCGCAGAUAUGGAAAUGUGAAUCUGGAACUGGUGACUCGAAUCAUUAGAGAUGGUGGCCCAUGGGAAGAUCCAGUGUUGCAAGCUGUUCUUAAAGCCCAGCCAGCAUCUCAGGAGAUAGUGAACAAAUAUUUAAGUUCUGAAAAUCCACUGUUCUUUGAACUACGUGCCAGAUACCUAAUUGCUUGUGAACGCAUACCUGAAGCAAUGGCUCUUAUCAAAUCUUGUAUAAAUCACCCAGAAAUCAGCAAAGACUUGUACUUCCAUCAAGCACUCUUCACAUGUCUGUUUAUGUCACCUGUAGAAGAUCAACUAUUCCGGGAGCAUUUAUUGAAAACUGAUUGUAAGAGUGGAAUUGAUAUCAUCUGUAACACUGAAAAAGAAGGCAAGACUAUGUUAGCUUUGCAACUCUGUGAAUCCUUUCUUAUUCCGCAGCUCCAGAAUGGGGAUAUGUACUGUAUCUGGGAGUUGAUUUUCAUAUGGAGUAAACUUCAGCUUAAGUCUAAUCCUUCAAAGCAAGUUUUUGUAGAUCAAUGCUACCAGCUUUUAAGAACAGCAACUAAUGUGAGAGUCAUAUUUCCUUUCAUGAAAAUCAUUAAAGAUGAGGUUGAAGAAGAUGGCUUACAAAUCUGUGUCGAAAUAUGUGGUUGUGCCCUACAACUAGAUCUUCAUGAUGAUCCCAAAACUAAAUGUUUAAUAUAUAAAACAAUUGCACAUUUUUUGCCAAAUGAUUUGGAGAUCCUCAGGAUUUGUGCACUCUCAAUAUUUUUUCUUGAGCGCUCCCUGGAAGCUUACCAUACUGUUGAAGAGCUUUACAAACGUCCAGAUGAGGAAUAUAACGAAGGCACAAGUAGUGUUCAAAAUCGAGUUCGUUUUGAAUUACUUCCGAUUUUGAAAAAGGGAUUGUUUUUUGAUCCUGAAUUCUGGAACUUCGUAAUGAUUAAGAAAAACUGUGUAGCAUUAUUGAGUGAUAAAUCAGCAGUUAGACUUCUAAAUGAAAGUACACUGGAAAAUUCUACAGGUAAUCUGAAAAAGGCAGUGGAACAGCAAGGUUUAGAUGAAGGGCUUGACUCUCUUACCGAUCAGAGCACUGGAGAGCCUGAUCCUGAUGAUUUGUCUAGAGUGCAACCUAAGGGUCACAUUAAUACAAAGAAAAAUCUUAUGGCUCUUAAUGUUUCCAAAGUAGAUCACAAUGUCCCAAGGCAUCGGUGUAUGUUAUGUAACAAGGAAUUUCUAGGUGGUCACAUUGUAAGGCAUGCCCAGGCUCAUCAGAAAAAGGGCAGUUUUUCAUGUGUGAUAUGUGGUAGGAAAUUUAGAAACAAAGGACUUAUGCAGAAGCAUUUAAAGAAUCAUGUUAAGAAAAUACAAAGACAGCAAAUUGCUGCAGCUCAACAGGAGGAUCAAGAAAUCCCCGCCGUGGAAGAAAUAAAUUGUUCCGAUGCUUUCAUUUCAUUUGAGAAUGGGAAUUCUGAUAAUAAGGAUUUGGAAGCAGACACAAUUACUGCUUCCAGUGAUGGAAACAAAGAGGUCAUCCCUGCACAUGUGGCUGAAUUCAUUGAAAUUCCCGUAAGUGUAUCUGAAGAUGUAAUUGAGAACAUGAUUGAAAAUGGGAAUCCUGAUACUUCUUUAAAUAAUGUCUCAGAACCUUUGCCUGUAUGUGAGGAUGACUAUGAGGAGGAAGAGGAUGAAGAAGGUGAUUAUGAAGAAGACGAUUAUGACCUGAAUCAAGAAACUUCCGUACUUCAUAAAAUCAAUGGAACUGUGUGCCAUCCAAAAGAGAUAUAUGCUACAGAUCAAGAAGGGAACUUUAAGUGCCCUGCUCUUGGUUGUGUCAGGAUAUUUAAAAGAAUCGGAUUUCUAAAUAAACAUGCAAGGACUGUACAUCCAACUGAUUUAAAUGUGCGGCAAACGGUAAUGAAGUGGAGCAAAGGAAAAUGCAAAUUCUGUCAAAGGCAAUUUGAAGAUUCUCAACAUUUUAUAGAUCACCUUAAUAGACACAGCUACCCAAAUGUGUACUUCUGUUUGCAUUUUAAUUGCAACGAGUCAUUUAAGUUGCCAUUCCAGCUUGCUCAGCACACAAAAAGUCACAGGAUAUUUCAAGCUCAGUGUAGUUUUCCAGAAUGUCAUGAGCUUUUUGAAGAUCUUCCUCUGCUCUAUGAACAUGAAGCUCAGCACUAUUUGAGUAAAACACCAGAAUCCUCCGCACAACCAAGUGAAACAAUUCUUUGGGAUGUUCUUACAGACUCAAAUCCUAAUCAUCAGGAAAAAGACUCAUCUAGUAAUGAGAAACAAACUCUCACUCUGCCAGUUUCUACUAGCAAAUCAAGGAAAGAUUCCAUAGAACCAAAGACGUGUACAGAAAGUAUGGAGAAGAAAACAGAUGGUUUAGUUCAGAAUGGAAAUGAACAUUCUGACGACACUGUUUCUGAUAUAAGCUUGAUAGACCAAAAGAUGCCUGACAUAGAGCCAAAUUCUGAAAGUAAUUAUAGUAUUAGUGAUUUAGUCAAUGGACACAGUGGAACAGAGCAGACACCUUUAGUUUCGUCAGAGCCUGCUUUGAAAACUGAUACAAACAGAAUCAGGACAGAAAAUGGUUCCAUUUUACCCAGUGUUGUAUCACAAGAACAUAAUACCCUGCCAGUAUCUCAGGCACCUUCCAAACCAAAUCUGACGAGUGAACAUACUUCAUAUGGCUUAAUUUUAACAAAGCCGUAUGUCAGACCACUGCCUCCCAGUUACCUUGAUGAACGGUACCUUAGUAUGCCAAAACGCAGAAAAUUUCUGACUGAUAGAGUAGAUGCCUGUUCUGAUCAAGAUAACGUUUGUAAAAAAUCCGUGAAAAGAUUAAGAUGUGGCAAAUGCCUGACCACCUACUGUAAUGCAGAAGCACUUGAGGCUCACCUUGCACAAAAGAAAUGUCAGACACUCUUUGGAUUUGAUUCAGAUGAUGAAAGUAAGUCUUCUAUCUUCUUAGUAGGUGUUAUCUGUAGAAACAGAAAAUGCCAUAGAUCUUUAUGAGGUUAAGAAAGUUAACAUUUGCAUAGUGCAGAUUAUAAGGCACCACCCCAUAUGUUAUUUCUUUCAAUCCAUACCACUACUAUGAAGGUGAUAUUACUAUUCCUGUUUCAUAGAUCAAGCAACUGAAAUUCACAAGUGAGUAAUUUGCAUAGGUACAGCCUAUGAACUUGUGGAAGCCAGAACUUGUACAUGGUUUUUCAUGUUCUUUGAUCAUACUCUUCACUGUGUGUCCAAGACAUUUUCUUCAUUGCAGAUUUCAUGUAAUAAAAAUUUUAGAAAUGAAGUAAUUAUGAUGGAAAUGUUUUUCAUCUGCAUGCCAGAAUAUAAACCAAGUGAAGCUGAGCUUCUAUUAUAGAAACAGAGGGGAAAAAGAACCAGAAAAUAACUGAAAAAAAUUGAGCAAAAGAAAAGCUUGCUUUUCUACUAAUAACAAUAUUUUUCGAAUGAGUAAGGGGUAAAAUAGGAAUCUAACUUAGAAUUCCAGUUGAACUAUAAAAUUUGAAUUAACAGACAUGUUCUGUUUUACAGGUGCCUGAUAAAAAUGUUUCAGAAUGAUCUGUCGAUCAAGCAGUAGUGUGAGAAAAGCACUGCAAGAAAUUGCAUCAUCAGUUUGCUAUUUUCCUGAUGGCCUUAAUUUUCAAGCGGUCUUGGAUUUACUAAAGAUAAAGACAAAGCACAUUUUCUAGAAUGAACUCAGAGAGGAGAUGUGCUGGUUUAGACUCCAAAAGGGUUAUUAAAAAACUCCCAAAGUACCAGUUAUCCAGAAAACCACAUUUUUUAAAAAGUUGAUGACUAUUAAUGCAGCAUGUUCAGUUUUACCUAUGUGAGAAACAUGUUCGGGCAACUAGUCAGAAAGGAAAACCAGCUAUGGCCUUACAGAAAGGGAAAAGUUAACCGGUUAUUAAAAAAAAGGGGGGGGGGAAGUGGGGGUGGUUUACAAUAAACAGCUUAAAGUAUUCUACAAAAGAAAUUUGUUUUCUUGUCAUGCAUAAUCAGAUUAUGUCCUCCCCUUCUCGUCAAACACGGUUUAAAGAACUAUUGGUAUUUGGUUUAUUAUAAUUUAAAAACUGAUACAUGAAAAUAAAAUUUGAUUUAUCACCAUGCUAUCCAUAAAAGAUUGUAACUUGUUUCCAGAUGAUUGAUUAGACAGGAUAGAGUUCAAUGAAUGGCAUGCCAGCACUGAAAAUUGAAAGAAAACAAAACACUUUGCUAAUAAGCUCCACUUUCCAUUUUGGUAAUACCAAUGAGUUGUAUUUAAAGACAGCAGUGUCAAAUAGAAAAAGAACCAUCAGUAACUUUGAGGAGAGAUGGGAGGAAUCUAAGACCAUUAAAGGCUAUCUAAUUGAAGGAAAACACUGAAUUGCAAAUAACUCAAUGUGAAUAAUGGUAUAAGCACACUGGGAUAUUUCUAUUUGUAUAUAGAGUAGUGUUAGGACAUUGCUUGAUGAUUCAUAGUAAGGUCCUUUUAGACAUUAAUGUGAGUUAUCUAAGUACAGUCCUAUAAAAAUAACUGGCUGUAAAAAAAAAUGUCAGCUAAAAUCAGGUCAAGAAUUCAUUGGUUUUAUUCAGUUAGGAGAGUUAAUUCUAAAAUAAGCCAUACUACUCAUGCUUUCUUAUUUAUUAGUGAUGAAUUUGGUCUGAAUAGUAAUUUUUAUAUAUAAAAGGAAAUAUGUACACAAAAAUUUGCACAGCAAGAACACAGUUAAGAUAUAUUGAUGCUUUUAUUUUCCUUGAUGACCAGUAAUUUUCCUAAGGAAGAUUUUAACUUACUAGUCAAUGAAUUGUUCAAACACAAAAUGUUUUUUAAAAUACCCUCUCAGAUAUGUUCCACUUGUACAUUCUCUAAAAGAGGAAAUUUAGUGAUCUUUUACCUAGUAGUGUAUUAAUCUAUAGCAGGGAUAAAAUGAACAAAAAUACAAAGGCAAAUUCUUAAAAAAUGGAGCUACUAAUGUGCCAUUGUCAACCAAAUAUUCCAGUUAUUCAAACAGACACAUUUUUGUUCAAAGCAGAUAAUCUUGUCAGACCUUAGUAUUAUAGCUUCUUUAAUGAAGUCACUAAGGAAGGGGCAUUUCUUCAAGGUAGCAUCCAGACUUUAUCAAGUUGGGAUUUCCAGGCCAUGAGGAUUUUUAAAAAUUCCCAAUUUUAUUAUUUAUUCAUUCACUACUAUGCAAGUGAUAGUCACAAGUCCAUUCCAAUCAAAUUUAAGUUUUUGUUUUGUUGUGUAGCCUACAUUAGGCUGUGGGAUUUACAUUUAAAUGACACAUAAGUAAAUGCAACUCAAUCAGAUUUUUAAAUCCGUUAAGGUCAACUAAAAAAAAAAAAAAUGUUUUCCAUAUUUCCUAAAGCUAAAAAUAUACUUGAGUUCUAUUUCAGUUCAAUAUAAAGUACAUCAUGUAAUAAAAAGUCUGUUUGGACACUAUUUGGACAGUGAGGUUUUUUUUUUAAUAGAAUUUCUGCUUUGUAUAUUUUCCAGAAGUUUAAAAUUACAAUUUAGCAUUUUAUCACAUCUUUUAACUUUCACUUUUUAUAAGUUGUGACUAUUGACAUAAAUCCAUGUCUGAAAAUUGUUAUUUUUAUUCAUUAUGCAGUUCAUAUCAAGAGGUUUUAAACAUAUUCCACUUGUUAAUUUUAUCUUUAAUUUGAGGUUUUAUUUCUACUUUUGUGUUGCUAAGGGAAAACUAUUUCUGAAACAUUGAGAUCAAAUUGGCCUAUAAAUAAUUAAAUCAAGGAAUGUUUUAUAAAAAUCUAUUUGGCUAUGCUGUUCUAAACCUCUUUAUAUAAUCCUCAAAUAAUUGCUAUUGAAAGAAUGUGUACAUUUCAUCAUGUAUGUCUUAUAAAGCAUAAACUUACAUCAUUUUGCUUUUGUGGGGUGCAUAAACUUCCAACAGUUCUCAUUGGGGAUUUGGAAGAAAAGGAAGCUUUCUUAUUCCUCAGUUCUUCUCUUUUACUUUUCUACUUCUUCUAUUUUGAGGAUGUGUUUAUCUUACAUGGACCAAGUUUCAAUCUUUUUUUUUUAAUAAAAAUUUCCUUCAAAACAUUAAAUAUUAACUUUCUGCUGUUUCAGUAAGGUCAAGAAAAUAGCAAAUCUGAAUUUUUGCUGCUCAGAUAUUACAGAAAAGAGGGAUCUCCGUGGACAAGGACACUGGUACUUUGGGCUCUAGCCAUAUCCAUUUUUUUAAACCACCGACUAUAUGAGUAGAUAACUUAUAACACUGAACUUGUGAUUCUUUUCAAAUCACACUUGAAGGUUCAGCCGUACUCCUUUCAUGUUUGGUUUAAACUGUUGUAUGGAUGAAAAACCUAAAAGGGAUGAUAGUGUUUAUCUUUUAAUUUAUUUGGUACUGUAAAACACCUUUUCAGAAUGCCUAAAUGCUGCAUAUGCAUUUUGGAAUUGUUAAUAUGUGAAAGAUAUUACAGAUUCAGCAAGAAAGGAAAUUUGUGCUUCCUUGUUGAACAUUAAAUUAUUUUACUUUGCAUUUUAUAAGAGUACAAAUUAAAACUGAGCCAUUGAACUGCAAUAAUUCAACAAUAGCGUCUCAUUUCAAGAAAUUUUUUGUACUGUACAUAGACUUGUUCAAUAAAACAUUGUCCUUGUUGGUAA